AUGAUGUUCCCUGGAGAGCUUAAUACAAAUUCAAGGGCUAAUCCGCCUGUACCAGUUUUUCCAUUAAGGUCUACGGGAUUAAGUUCUCAAUAUUCGCCGUACUCAACUUCAAGAUUUCAAGAAAUACAACAAAAAUGCAAUUUAAAAUGCACAUGGAAAUGCAGUUUUCUUCUAAUGGUCUUUGUUACCUUCAUAAUCACCACAUUCCUUAUUUACUUGAUGGCUAUGAGGAAAUCAUGUACAGACAUAAGAGAAAAAUGUUUAUAUAUGGAAAAAUCAAGGGCUAUUGCAAUGGAUUUGGAAAACUCACUGAAACUUACCACUGAAGCUCCGCCAUUGACGACGACUACUGUUGCAAAUGUAUCAAUACGCGAUAAAUUUAAAAGCGAUGUAACUCCAGAAGAUCAAAGUGAUUUGCAUCGCCAACAUACUAGGUAUCAAUGGCCCUCAGUCUUGGAGAUAACUAGCUUCAGUACUCCAUACAGUUCCAAUGUAUAUCCAUACCAUUUUUGGAAUUUGGAGUUUUAUAAUAAACAACCAGUGUUUAUGAGGCUCAACCUAACAUUGCCAUGGGGAGCUAAUUUCGCUGUUUAUGGUCGACGAAACGUAGCUCCUAGUAUAACCCAACAUGAUUUUUCGGAAUUCAUUAAGGGAGGUAGAUUGGAUAACAGGCUAAGUCGCAGGUCAACAGAUGUUAUCGAAAAAGAUCCUUUGGUCGUUAAUGUGACAUUAAUACAGUACUUAGACACGGGUCGAUGGUUUUUGUCCAUUUAUAACGAUGAUCUCCGACCACACACGGUAGUACUUAAAAUCGCAGAAGCCGAAGAUGUCUCAACGACUUGUCCCAACGAAUGUUCCGGGCAUGGGUCCUGUUAUCUCGGAAAGUGUGACUGCAUCGAUGGAUAUCAAGGAAACGAUUGUUCUAAAAGUGUAUGUCCGAUGUUGUGUUCAAACCACGGAAAAUACGGCGGAGGCCUUUGUCAUUGUGAAGAAGGUUGGAAAGGUACAGAAUGUGAUAUACCAGAAACAGAUUGCAGAGUAGCCGAUUGUUCUGGACACGGUGUUUGUAAAAAUGGUGUAUGUCAAUGCCAACAGGGAUGGAAAGGAGAUGAUUGUGACGAAGUGGACUGUAUGGAUAAAAGCUGUUCUGGCCACGGUAUCUGUGUAUCAGGUAAAUGUUAUUGCAAAGCUGGAUGGCAAGGCGAAGAUUGUUCAUUAAUGAAUAAGCAAGUAUUCCAAUGCCUCCCUCGUUGUUCAGACCAUGGUGCAUAUGAUUUAGAAACGGGAGUUUGUAUUUGCAAUAAAUUUUGGACUGGGCCAGAUUGUUCGCAAGCGUUGUGUAAUCUCAACUGUGGUCCACAUGGAAAAUGUGAUCAAGGUAAAUGCGAAUGUGAUAUUGGGUGGACAGGUGAUAAAUGUGAUCAACUCCCUUGUGACGAGAGAUGCUCUGAGCACGGGCAAUGUAGAAACGGUACAUGUGUAUGUUCUAGGGGAUGGAACGGCAAACACUGUACUUUUCAGGGUUGCGAUAACGGUUGUGCUAAUCAUGGAAAUUGUGUCUUGGUUAAUAACAUGUACAAUUGUGUAUGCAAUGAUGGAUGGGAAGGAGAAAGCUGUUCGGUUCGCUUAGAAAUGGAAUGCAACGAUGAAAUCGAUAAUGAUCAAGAUGGAAUGACUGAUUGUUCAGAUAGUGAGUGCUGUAAUUCUGCUUCGUGUGCUGAGCAUAUAAUGUGUUUAGCUUCCAAUGAUCCUCUUGAUGUAUUACUAAGGAAACAGCCACCGUCGGUAACGGCUUCGUUUUAUCAAAGAGUGAAAUUUUUGGUAGAAGAGCAUAGUGUCCAAAGCUAUGCACAUUUGGAUGAAUAUAGAGAGAAUGAAUUUUGGAACUCCUUUACACCUGGACGAGUAUCAGUAGUGCGGGGCCAAGUAUUGUCACCGCAGGGGUUGGGAAUUAUAGGCAUUCGAGUCUCAGUGGAUAGAGAUUCGAGAUUUGGAUUCACGUUGACUAGAGCUGGUGGAUGGUUUGACGUAAUGGUCAACGGCGGUGAAGCAGUGACUCUUCAAUUUCAGCGAAGCCCGUUCAAUCCCCAGACCAAAACACUGUACGUGCCCUGGAAUCAGAUCGUAUCCUUAUCGUCGAUAGUAAUGACCUUAAAUGAGGAAAUGGAUUCAUACAAAGAAACCACGUUGGACUCGAAUGGUCUAUACGAACAUAAUUCGUACAAUGUAACACCGUGCAUUGAUCACAAAGAAAAUCCACAAAUUGUAUCUACGUGGUUGCCAGAAAAAAUCGGAGGCAUGCCAGGAAAAAGUGUUAUAUUCGCGGAAACACAGUUACUUCAAGAAAGUAUUGGUAUCCCCGGUUCAAAUUUGAAUCUAAUAUACAGAAGCAGCUGGGCGACGGGGUAUUAUUCGUAUUUAAUUAUUCAUCUCACUCAAUCUGAUAUAUCACCACAACUAGAAGUUGUGCACAUCUCAGUUGAAAUUGAAGGAUCAAUUUAUAAUCAUAAACUUGAGGCAGAUCCUAAUUUGAAAUACACGUUUACAUGGGAUAAGCGAAAUGUUUACAAACAAAAAGUCUAUGGAAUUGCAAAUGCAAAAGUUUCAAUUGGUUAUGAGUAUAAGAGCUGUAAUCAAAUUGUGUGGGAAGUACAAAUGGCGGUUUUACAAGGUUUUGAUGUGGAUAUAUCAGACAUAGGUGGAUGGAGUUUAGAUGUACAUCACCAUUAUAACUUUCACGAAGGGAUUUUACAAAAAGGCGAUGGUUCUAUAUUGUACUUUAAACAUCAAUAUCCUCACACAUUACAUGUCGUAACUGGUACAGGUAUGCAAAGGCCAUUGAAUUGUAAGGAUUGUAAUGGACUUGCCAAGGACACAAGACUAUUAUCACCUUUAGCAUUAGCCUGUGGUCCUGAUGGAAGCCUUUAUGUCGGAGACUUCAAUCUUAUUAGAAAGUUGACACCAGAUGGAAGUGUUUUUACAGUAUUACAACUUAGUGCCACUCAAGUAUCAUAUCAAUACUAUUUAUGCUUGUCUCCUACCGAUGGACAUUUGUACGUUUCUGAUCCUGAAAAGCAUCAAAUACUUCGUGUGUUAACUACAAAUUCAGUAGUAGUUGAUCCUACAAUAAACUACGAGGUAUACGUUGGUUCAGGAGAACGUUGUAUACCAGGCGAUCAAAGUAGUUGUGGCGAUGGUGGGAAAGCAAUCAAUGCAAAAUUGUCGAAUCCUAAAGGUAUUGCAAUAUCUUCUGAUGGGACGAUGUACCUAGCUGACGGCACCAAUAUUAGAGUGGUUAGUCGUAAUGGAAAUAUUCAUACACUAAUCGGUCAUCAUAAGCAUAAUAAUAUUUGGCAGCCAAUGCCUUGUAAAACCACUGUACCGACUUCACAAGUACAACUUCAAUGGCCUACUAAUUUAGCGCUGAAUCCCCUGGACGAAAGUUUGCAUAUCACUGACGAUAGAGUAGUUUUAAAAGUGACCAAAGACCAUCGUGUUAAAAUAGUGGCAGGAUCGCCAUUGCACUGUUACUCGGGGAAUGAAGUAGACCAGGGUGGAAAAGAAUCAAAAUUGCACGAAAACCAAGAAGUAAUGACAGAAUCAUUGAAGGCCACUCAAACGGCUUUGGGCACCAUCCUGGGCAUAACGUUCAGUCCAUAUGGUGAUCUAUAUAUAGCCCAAAGUGAUUCUCGAAAGGUCAACACUAUCAAGGUGGUCAAUUCUGCUGGAUACAUAUCACACUUUGCUGGAUAUCAACAAACCCAAAAUCCUCAAAAGCAAUGCGAUUGUGACAGCUUUAAUACUACUUGUCAAUGCGGAAAUGGAUCUCGAGAACAUUUAUUGUCAAUCACUGCAAAAUUUACAACGAUUUCAGCUAUUAUAGCAUCUCCAGAUGGUGUGCUUAACAUUGCUGACCAGGGUAAUCUUCAUAUUCUCGCCCUAAAACCAUACUUGCCAUCGCAUGUUAUGAAUGGAGAGUUUCAAAUACCAUAUCCAGCCACUGGAGAAAUUUAUAUUUUCAAUAGAUACGGACAACAUACAGCUACUCACGAUUUAAUGACUGGUCAAGUAAGAUAUACAUUCUUGUAUUCUAAGAAUACUAGUUUUGGAAAGUUGUCAACCGUGACAGAUAGUUCAGGGAACAAAAUGCUAUUUUUGAGGGACUAUAGUAAUGUGGUGAGCGCUAUAGAAAAUUCACAGGAUUAUAAAUCCGAACUUGUGAUAUCUGGUGCUGGAAAUCUCGUCAAAUUUUCAGAAAAAGGGCGAUCUGAAAUAACAUUUAACUACGAUAGCAGCACUGGACUUCUUACAAGUCGUUCUGAUUCUACUGCGGAACAGGGCGGAUCGCUAUUCAUUUAUAAUUACGAUAAAUUAGGCCGUUUAGUUGAUGUUGUGCUUCCAACGGGUGAAGUUUUUGAACUUUCUUCUCAUAUAUCAAUGGAAGAUGAUGGUUUUGAAGUUAACGUACUUACACCAUUGCAUAAUCCUAUCAGUAUGAUAUCAUUAGAUGGUCGUAGAGAUCACAUAACCAUUAAAAUGGAAGGGAAUGAUUACAAAAAGCUUAUAGUGAAAAAUAGCGCUUCUGCAAUUAGUGAGGCUAUUAGUUUCAAAAACGGUUCAUUUAUGUUCCGCUCCAGAUCUGGCGAAGUAGUGCAAUGUUUUGCGGAAUCUAAACACCCUAUAUUAGAACUGUCUUUGCCAGUGGAAGCGGAAAUGUUACCAGUUUUUAAUCGACAAGUUUCAUCUAGAGGUACCUUGUCAAACGUUGUUUUGUGGACGUAUUCUCUCGUUGGAGAUGCGGGCUCUACCAAAUUCAUUAUAAGAAGAAAAUUGACAAUUAAUAAUAGUUCCGUCCUCAUAAUUGAUUAUAACCAGUACACAAGAAUUGAGACUGUUUAUAGUAGUGAUAAGCCAUCGACUUCCUUACUCAGCAUUGCAUACAGCCUGAACGGCCUGCCCUUAUCCUGGACAAUUGGUCACUCCAAACAUAGUGUCAAUAUAACAUAUGACAGAUUCAAUCGCCUGGAAUCUUGGAGUUGGGGUGCAAUAAACGAGCAAUACAAGUACACUCAUCAUGGUUUGUGUGUAGAAAAGCUACUGAGCCAUAGAGGUCCUGUAAAAUAUCUUUAUAACAAUUGGAAUAAGAUAUCUGAAAUUGAACUUUCUACUCAUCGAAAGUUUGGGUAUUUAUAUGACGAAUCUGGUGGCUUGAAAAAUAUUGUUUUACCAUCUGGAACUAAACAUUCAUUUUCAUCUCAAACGUCAUUGGGAUUCAUACGUUACACAUAUACUCCUCCUGGGUCAACGAGAGCAUACUUACAACAUUAUAGUUAUACUGGAGCGCUUCUCCAAACCGUGUAUCCUGGAGAUGGUGCCCGAGUUCUAUAUAGAUAUCGUAGUUCCGGUCAAUUAUCCCAGGUAGUACAUGGUGAUGGUAUUACAAAAGUUAAAUACUAUCCAAACACUCAGCUGCCAAGUCAAGUAUUAAAUAUUGAAAUGGAUUUCGAAUAUCGAUGGGAUUAUCAGUAUAACGAUGGGUUGUUAAUUGAAGAGAGAAUUGACUAUGGGCCUAAGACUGGUCUUAGCAACGCCAAAAUCACAUACGAGUACGAUAGUAAUUUCAGAGUGAUUUUGAUUGAAGGUCGCAUUGGGGGGCAGAGCUUACCAGAAAAUCGCAUUGAAUACAACCCGAUCACUGGCAGCAAACAGCUUUUGGGUCAAUUUGAGCGAAGUACAAAUGGAAACAUAACAAGACUUACCGACGGAACUGGUAUAUUUAAUCGAGUAACAAAUGACUAUUUCCAAGUGACACAUAUGUCCGUCACGAUACACCAGAUGGAAGUUUUCCGCAUGGAGUUUAUGUAUAAUCUGGAUAGUCGGAUUGAACAGUCACGUACUUACACGCAUAACGUAGGUGUUAACACUUAUACAAUCGUUAAGAACUACACUUUUGAUGCCGAUGGACAACUGAUGUCGGUGGAAGCACAAGAGCCUUGGAGCUUUAAAUAUGAUCAAAAUGGAAAUAUGCUUGCCAUGACGUACAGGGGUAAUAUGAUUCCUAUGGAACACAGUGUUAUGGAUAGAAUAGAAAAAUUCGGAGAAGGACUUUAUAGGUAUAAUAACCGUGGACUUGUUGUGCAAAAUGCUAGAGAAGAAAAAUUUCAAUAUAAUUCUAAAGGACUUCUGGUGAGGGCAAUAAAAAGAGGCCGUUUUGAUGUACGAUACUUCUACGAUCAUCUCAAUAGACUUAGUACCCGAAAAGAUAAUUUUGGAAAUGUUACCCAGUUCUUUUAUACUAAUCAUAAUAAUCCAAACGAAGUCAGUAAUAUAUUUAGUCCGAGAGAUGGAAAGUUGAUGUCGCUGACGUAUGACGAUAGAGGAUUUUUAAUUUACGCUCAAGUGCAUAGAUAUAAGUAUUAUGUAGCUACUGACCAUUGUGGAACGCCUGUCAUGAUUUUCAAUCAAUACGGAGAAGGCAUUAGAGAAAUUAUGAGAUCUCCAUAUGGGCACAUAGUUUAUGAUUCGAAUCCGUAUUUAUAUUUGCCAAUUGAUUUUUGUGGUGGACUCUUAGAUCAGGUUACAUCAUUGGUUCAUAUGCCCAAUGGAAAAGUUUAUGAUCCUCUAGUUGGACAAUGGAUGUCACCUCAAUGGGAAGGCAUGCUAGCUCGUGCAACAGAGCCCCAACAAUUACAUUUAUACAGGUUCAAUGGCAAUGAUCCAAUAAAUGUAAUGCCUACUCGACAAUAUCUUAAAGAUGAAAAAUACUGGUUGUCAUUGGUCGGUUACGACUUGCAGCUACUCAUGCCUCAGAUGCCGCAGUCCAUAUCUACAUUCCCGUCAUUAUUACCAUCGAUGUCAGCAAGUCUUGGCAAUAUACCAUUAGACAUAACGUCCGUUUAUUUCAAUCAUUUGACCAAACUGUUAAACAAACGAAAACUCACGUCUCUUCCGGAAUCAAAAACCCACGCUGACCCUAUCAUCAAUUCAUUCAAAGAGAAGCCAAAAUACUAUGACCCGAUGUGGAUGACGUUCUACAUGAACGAUUUAGAAGAUAAUGCAGAUAGAGGUCCCAAAGCACACGGCAUCCAACCAGGAGCAUCUCUAUCACCGCUUUUUGGUAAUGGUAUUCACAUAUCGAGAUCAUCGGACGGUCGAGUGAUUGUUCAAAGCGUUCCAAAUGCAAAUCCAAUUUAUAAGGAUGUGUUCACGUCAGUUUUCAACGACACGUUCUUGUUACCAUUCAGCUUAGUGAUGCACGGUGCCCAACAAGACGCUUAUUACUUUGUUAAAAAAGACAUUUGGAAUGCCAACGAAGAUAAGGCACAAUUGAAGAGGUUUGGUUCGCAGAUGAAUACCACUUUCCACGAAAAAGAGUCAGAUAACAAUUCUGGAAAGAUGGUGGACGUACGGAUACAUUGUGCGGACACGGUAAUAAAUUUGCGGUACGGUACAACGUUGGAACACGAAAAACAGCGACUGUUGCAUCACGCCAAGACGUCUGUGAUGCGAAAGGCUUGGCACAGGGAACGGGAUCUGUUAAGAUUGGGUUUACCCACGAACAAGGACUGGUCGGUCGCCGAGAUCGAUGAGAUAUUAAAAUUAGGCUACGCUAAUGGUUUUGACGGCGAGUACAUCCGAGACACCGAGAGGUACCCUGAGCUGUGCGACGAUCCGUACAACAUUAGAUUCGUUAAGACAAACUAA